AUGGUGGCUCCUUCGGCUUUCCAGUGGCAGAUCUCGCCGCCGUCUCGCGCCGCGACGUUCAAAUCGACGCCACUUGCGCUCCUCGGAGGCGCGCAAGUGCCCCACAUCGCGGAGGGCACCUUGCGGGAGAAUGUGAUCUUCGGAUGUGCCUUCGAUGAGGCGCGGUACCAGAAAGCCAUCGCCGCCUCAGGCCUGCAGGCGGACUUGAAGCUCCUCCCAGGCGGGGACGAGGCGUUCAUCGGGGCCCGAGGGAUCAGCCUGUCGGGGGGUCAGCGCGCGCGGGUGGCGCUGGCACGGGCCGCCUACAACUCCCAGGCGGAACUGGUGCUGCUGGACGACCCUUUCGGGUCUGUGGACGCGCCCACGGCAGCCUGGAUCCUGGAGGAGCUGCUCUGCGGGCCGCUGCUGGCGGACCGCGCCAAGCUGGUGGUGCUGCAGCCAGAGGUGGAGAGGCUCCGGAAGUUUGACCGGGUCUACGUGCUGUCAGAGGGCCGUGUAGUGGCCAGCGGCACUCCCGCGGAGGUUGCCGAAUGCGAAGACUUCAAGCAGCUGCAGCGCAGCUGCUCGAGUGAGGACGCGUUCGCCAUGGCCGGCUGCUUCCCCUUCAUGUCCGGCGGCGCCGCCGCGGGCACGGCGGACCGCGGCAAGGGCCGGGGGCGGGUCUACGACAACGUCACGGAGACGGUGGGGAACACUCCCUGCGUGAAGAUCUCUGACGCCAUCUGCCCCAAGGGCCGCACCAUCUACGCGAAGCUGGAGUACUUCAACCCUUUGAGCAGCGUCAAGGACCGCCUGGCCUGCGCCAUCAUCGAGGACGCCGAGAAGACGGGGAAGCUGAAGCCCGGGGACACGGUCAUCGAGGCCACCAGCGGCAACACGGGCAUUGCGGUGGCCAUGCUUUGCGCGCAGAGGGGGUACAAGUGCGUGAUCACCAUGGCGGAGCCCUUCUCCAUCGAGCGCCGGAAGCUGAUGCGCUUCCUCGGCGCCAAGGUGAUCGUCACCCCGAAGGCGGGGAAGGGCAGCGGCAUGGUGGCCAAGGCCAAGGAGCUCUCGGAGAAGCACGGCUGGUUCCUGUGCCGCCAGUUCGAGAACGAGGCGAACGCCAAGUUCCACUACGACACCACCGGUCAGGAGAUCCUCAACGACUUCUCUGGGAUGAAGCUGGACUACUUCGUGCUGGGCUACGGCACGGGGGGCACUUUCGCAGGGGCCGGCAAGGCGCUGAAGGAGAAGCUCCCGGGGAUCAAGGUGUGCCUGGGCGAGCCCGCGGACGCGCCGCUGGUGGCCAGCGGCACGAAGAGCGAGCGCAACCCCGACGGCUCCGCCGCGGGCUCGCACCCGGCCUUCAAGCCCCACCCCAUCCAGGGCUGGACGCCGGACUUCAUCCCGAAGAUCACGGAGGACGGCAUCGCGACCACGGGCUACGAUGAGUUCGUCCCCAUCCCUGGGGAGGCCGCCAUCCAGAUGUCUCAGCAGCUGGCGCGGACCCAGGGCAUCUUCACCGGGAUCUCCGGGGGCGCCUCGAUGUACGCGGCCGUGGAGAUGGCCAAGAAGGCCCCCGAGGGCUCGACCCUGGUGGCCAUGUUGGCGGACACCGGGGAGCGGUACCUCAGCACGCCCCUCUUCGCCGCCAUCUCCGCCGAUAUGAACGAGGAGGAGCUGGAGAUCUCCAAGUCCACGCCGAGCUUCCAGCUCUGA